UUCAUACUGGAGGACAUAUUUAUCCCAUGGUUGCUUAUAAACUAAAAUUUGAAAAAGAUCUUUUUGUUCGAGCUUUCGUUGACAUGUACGAAGCAUUGGGGAUGGCUAACUCUGAUCGGUCCAUUGAUAUUCCAAUGUCCCGAUACAAAAAUGGGUGGACAUUUUUUGUGAUACCUUUGACUUCAACACUUGACGACUCUUGUGGGUUUGAGUUGCUUAGAAGUGGUACUACAAGUAUUCGUUUAGAAUUUAAUUCUCCCAUUCCUUCUGGUGGAGUUGAAAUGAUUAUCUUGGGAGAAUUUGAUCAAAUGUUAAUGAUAGAUUAUAAUCGGCAUAUCGUUUCGGAUUCCAAUCUUGGUUAA